UUCCUUCAGGAGAGCCCCUGCACUGUCAAUUAUUUUUUAAAUUCUCUCUUUUCUCCGUUAACCCUGGAUAACAAAUGUUCGUUGUUGAUGCUGUGUCAAUUAUCUUCAUUCACGAAACUCCACACAGGACUGAGUGACUCGUACCGGAAUGCAUUGUGUUGUUGUUGUCUUUUUUAGCCUGGUUAGCUCGACUAGUUUAGCUGUCUGCUCUUUAUGCUCUUUAAAGCUGUCAGCGUGUACCAAAUGUCUAGGCUAGGCUAGUUAGCUAGCUAGGUAACUAACUUAGCUACUUUACUACAGAAGAGCAAAAGACCACCAGGCUGCUGCCGAGUGUGGCAACAACUUUUGCUGCCACCUUCGUUCAUUUUAAGUUGGCUGGACGAGCCUUAUUGUUUUUAGCUGGUUAGCUAGCUAACGUUAGAUAGCUAACUUACUUAGACCGCUGGCGAAGGUUGGCUUUUCUGUUCCUGAGCUGUUCAGCACGUCCUCCUGAAGUAACUCACGAAGCAGUCGGCUAUUUUGGAAGUAUACUGAGAAAACACCACUGACGCAGCACCAUGCUUGGAGAGUGUGGCAUGAAAGAGCGAGAUAAGCUGGCACUGAAGAAGAACUCGGUGGCCCUUUGUAGAGAAAUGGUGGUGGAUGAGCUACUCAUCCAGUUUUUGCAGGCAGAUGACGUGCUGACUGAAGGCAUGGCUGAAACCAUUCUGGCAGAGCCAACGUCCCAUAAGCGAAGCUGGCGUUUGCUGUCGCUGUUGCCUAAACGUGGCCCCCGAGCCUUCGAAAGUUUCUGCAUCGCUCUCAGAGAGACAGAGCAGCAGCACCUCUGCAGCCUGCUCAUUCGAUUCAGAGACCGAGAGAGCACACCCACAGAGAGUGAGGGAGAAAUCUCAUUGACACAGGACAGCACACCUGCUAAGAACAGGAAAGAUCAGAAGAGAUUUCCAGACCCCACUCUUCCACUCCCAACGCAGGAGUGUGCAGUGCCUGCCAAAAGAGCUCGCACCCAUGAGUCUAUGGAGAUGUGUUUGGAUGCUGACAGUCCUGUGACCACUGCUGUGCUACCCUGCACUCCUGAGUUCUACAUGUCCCACAGUGCACAGGCCUACUCAAUGAGCUCUAGUCCACGGGGCCUUGCCCUAGUGGUGAGUAACGUGCGCUUUGAGCCAGAAUUAUCGGAACUGGACAUACGGAGAGGAGGAGAAGUGGAUGAAGAGGUGCUGAGGAGACUCUUUACGGAGCUGGACUUCACAGUCAGCCUACACAAAGACCUCACUGUCCAGGCGAUGCGGGACCGUAUAGAGCAGUUUGCACGGCGGCCGGAGCACGCAGUGUAUGACUGCUGUGCUGUAUGUUUACUGUCUCAUGGAGUUGAGGGCUCCAUCUACGGAACUGACGGACAGCUGCUGGAGUUGGACUGGGUGUUUGAGAGGUUUGAUAACGCUCGCUGCCCCCUGCUUCAGAACAAGCCAAAAAUGUUCUUCAUCCAGGCCUGUAGAGGAGAGGAGAUGGACAGUGGUGUAGACCAGUUAGAUGGUGAUGAUCGUGCAGAGCCUACAGACUGUGAACAGAGGGAUGCAGGGAGAGAAGAGAAGAGCGCAAGACAGAACGAAACAAGGGAGCAGAGAGACAGCGAGAGACUUCGAGUGAAACUACCCCAGAGAUCCGACAUGAUCUGCGGAUUUGCCACUCUCAAAGGUUUCAGCACUGCUGCAAUGAGGAACACAAAGAAAGGCUCCUGGUUCAUUCAGGAACUCAACGCAGCUGUGAGACAGAGAGCCAGAGACACGCACUUAUCGGAUAUACUGGUGCAGGUGAAUGCACGAAUUAAGGAGAGAGAAGGCUACGCACCAGGUUCGGCUCAUCAUCGCUGUAAAGAGAUGUCUGAAUUUACCAGCUCUCUCUGCAAAGACCUCUACCUCUUUCCCAAGUACUGCCCAAACAACUAGACAGUCACACACCGCUGUAAAAGGCCUUAAAUACACAAAUAUUUCAAAUUUGUAAGCUUUUCUUUUCAACUCAUUCCUUGAAACAUUCACACAAUUCUGUGCUGUACAUAUCUGCUCUGGGUUUUGCUAAUAAUUGGGCCAAUUAUAGAAUUACAGACAUUCCGUUUUGUUUUUCACUUUUAUUUUGUAUUCAACCACAAGCACCAAGCACUGUGUGUUUUUACACACAUUUAUACAUAUGGUUCUGAAACAGAUGAGUCGUUUUGUACAUGUCCAAAAACAUGCAUUUGUGAAUAUAAUUUGUUUUUAUAUAUCCAUAUAUUACAUAUGCUUGUUACACCAAUAUUUCAGUCUAUGAAAUAACACAGAUGUUUUUAAAUUCCAUUUGUCUUUUUAUCUGGGUGUUUCUUUGAAUAUACCAAUCACAAUUUUACAAAUUGUAAUGCUAGCCUUUUUUCAGAGAUCUAUUUUUGUCAGUUUUGUAGGAAUACAACUAUGUACAGUUUUUUUUACUUUUACUUUUUUUCUUGCUUUUUCUCUCAAAGCCGCAUUUAUGCAGAAAUUAUAGCAUGGUGAGGGUGGACCCCUCCCCCCACACCCUCACUCCAUCAGAUCCCUUUCUCCCAUACUGUGUUCACAGUAAAUACUCACACAUUGCAUGCCUUUUGGCUAUACCACCCUGCAGUGUUCUGUACUCCACAAUUUUUAAUGGUGCACAUUGCAGUGUCUGCAGUACUGACUGCACAAACAUCUGCCUUAGUAUUAGAACACAGACUAAUAUUGCUGUUCUUUUAGGCUGAUUCUUAACCCUUAGGAUUAGUAAAUGUUCAAACAGUUUUGGGAAAUUUGUUUGGAAGUGGUUAAAUGUGUAAUGAUGUCAGCAAUAGGAAAACUCACUUGCCAAAAUAUUGUUUUUCAGUGUAACAUUCUUGUGCUCUAAAUAUCUUUUCAGUUAACUUAUUUGCCUUUUGUAAAGCAUUGCUUUUAUGGUUACAUUCCACAUGUAAAUCAGUUUUGCUCUUUAUUUCUUGCUGCUCAACUGAUCUUCUCCAUUGUAUGGCUAUGAUUGUAGAUGACUUCCCCACCUUAUUUCUCCUCUAGGAGGCAGUAGAGCCAUAAGAAAAGAGGUCAGCUUUGCUCACUCACUCAUUUGUCCUACUGGAUUCAAGGAUUUAUUCUGUAAGAUUUGAACACAUGCUUUAAGUGAAUGCCUCUCUGUCCCCUGUCUUAUCUGUAAUGUGUCUGACGGUUAAAAGGUGUUUUGAAAAUUCUGAGUCGGUUUUAUGGUCAGUAUGAUGGCCUCAAACUGCAGGUUUCCUUAGGUUCAGUUUAAUGCAGUGAGAUUGGGGUGCACAAUGUUUCUUUGGUAUGCCUCGUGAAUUUGACCAAAUCAGAAUAUAGAACAUGUCUGUGUGAGGCUUGUGUAGUACUGCAGGGGUCACAACCUUUGACACAGGUCUCUGUCAUUCUCCAACACCUUCAGCAUUUCAGUUCACAUUAAUCAUCGUUAACACAUCAUCUUUCAUUAUUAGAGACAGCUGCUGUAUAUUUUUGAUGCCAAAUUAUAUUACUACCGCAUGACUUUUAUAUGGGGCGUAUGUUUUUUUUAUUUGGCUUUGUUAUUUUUUAUUUUUUUUAUUUUUUAAUAAUUUAACAGCAGUAGCUGACUUCAUCACAGCAAGUAUUUUGUACAAACAUGUUCCAUACUGUGUUAAAUUCAGACUGUUGUGCCAACCUGUUAUUCUUUUCAUGCUGAAUAUAUGCAGCUGUAUUUUGACCAUUUGAGUAGGUGGGUGCUGGGUAAUGAGUAAAAUACUACAGUUUGCCAUCUGUAGUAUGGUAUCAUAUAUUAUGUAAAUCAUAAUUGAAAGUUUGGAAAGAAAUUUUCUUUGACAUUUUUAUAUCAACAUAUAUUUAUAAAUGCUAAGAUUUAAAGAUUUAAGAUAAAGGAAGGACUGUUGUACUUAUGAAUCAAUGAAAUAGUUCAGUAGGGUUUCCCGUAAGUGUUGACGGGGUCACAGCAGUAUUGAUUUGCUUCCUUUGUGAAUGAUUAUAUUCAGAGUUAUAACCACCACCCCUGCGCCAGUUUUCUUUUCUUAUGUGAAUUUUACUGCCAUUGUUUGUUUGUUUUUUUUUCUUUCUUUUUUUUUUGAAACCCUAUAGCACCUGAUAGUGUUUUAGAUUCUGUUCUGAAGUUUUUCCUGUAUAUGAUCCUACAGUCUGAUCACAACCAGCCACAUACAGUCGUAUGCAAAUAUUUGAACACCCUGAUCAAAUGACAUGUUUUAUUAAUUCCUCUGCAUCCUCUGCAGGGAAUAAAUUUAAAUAUGGCAUUUCUGCAAAUUUUAGUGCACAAUUUCUAUUUAAAUGCUGCAUUUAACAUAAUGGAAAAAAUAAAACAUAAAACUUGCCAAAACUUUUGCACAAUUUGUUACUUUUUUCCCCCAAUAUGUUUAAUUCAGCAAAUAAACAAUAAUUGUGCACUAAAAUGUGCCAAGGGCUGUUCACUGUAGAGGAUGUUUUUUACUUAUUUUCACUCAACAAAAUGUCGUUUGACCAGGAGCGCCCACACUUUUGCAUACGACUGUAUGUGGCCGAAACUCCCCUUUGUGCCUGAUGAACUUUGUCGAGAAGUGCAACACCAGUGUGCUCUGAGUGAAAUGUUCAUUAUAUUUAAUAUGCAGUGUGGUUUCCACCCAUCCCAUUGGGGAAGAAUGACCUACUCAUUAGUAUGACUUGCAGUUAAUUUUUAAAUGAUUGACUCUAUUCACUGCCAUUAUCUGUUCUAACAAGCUCUGGAGGGUGCUGUGGAAAAUAUUGUUAUUCAGUCAUUUGUGAUAUUUUUGUAAAAACAAAAAAACUGUCUUAGAAUAAAAAGUAUAUUGUUCAAAAAGAAAUUUGCAACGGUAAUAUUGCUUUGUGUGUAUUGGCCGUGUGUGUGUGUGUGUGUGUGUGUGUGUGUGUGUGCGCACACUUGUUGGUGUGUGUCUGCAUGCAUGCAUGCAUGUCUGCUGGUGUGCUUUUGUCUGGUUGUCCCAUUGUUUGUGUAUUCUUGGACAUUAAUUAACACAUUUAGAGUGU